AAGAGUCCCUGAAAACCUCUGGAGCCCCUGGCCACCAGAAGUUCCAUCUCACCACCAAGGAAGGCCUGGUCAAGGAUGUCCCAGGACUCACAGAAACAGUCAGGACCCAGCCAUGGGCCAAAGACACCAUCAGGCCAAAAGGUGAAAGCUCCACACCGUCUCCUGUCCCUGUCGUGGAAGCAGGAUCGUGAGCAGACUCUGGCGGUGGCCUAUGUGCCGGUGGUGGUGGACCCAAGGGGGCAGAACCCGGACAAGCUCAGGUUCAAUUUCUACACCUCCCAGUACUCCAACUCCCUGAACCCCUUCUACACCUUGCAGAAGCCCACCUGUGGCUACCUGUACCGCCGGGACACUGACCAUACCCGCAAGCGCCUCGACGUGCCUCCUGCCAACCUGGUCUUGUGGCGCUCGUAGGCCUGUGCCAGUCGGAAGCUCUCCGUCCUGCACCCUCACCCUGACGAUCUCAGGCCCCAGGGGGAGGGGCUGCUCACUCUCAGAGGAGCAGAAAGUGCUCAGGCUCCGAUGGCUAUGCCCUGGCCACCAUCAACAAUGGCAAAAGGAGGUCUUGCUUCUCAGCAACAAUUAAAAGUUUGUCCUUCCUUU